UUAACACACGAGAAGAAAAAAACACGCGUUCGUAGCAAUAGCAUGCUGCAUGCACAGAAGACCAACAGAAACGUGGUGAAAAUAAAAACCCACCUUCAACAUCUGUUAUAUUUUUAAUUUUGGGAACCGAAGUGUGAAGAUCAAGAGCCGCAGAGGUCUUAUGUAAAAAGUCUACAUUGGCGACACCUUGAACCAGUAAUUGGCAUCAAUUUCAACAUGUUUUGGGGGUUGACGAUUGAACCUGGGAAGCACUAUACACAGACAGUGGAUGAAUCGUUCCAUGUGUCAAUGGCUGCCCUGGAAACCAGAGACGUUGCAUCUCCUGAGAGAGAUAAAGUUAAGAUGACUCAGCUGAUGGUCCAGCAUGACAAGGCAGAGUUCCUUGUCUGUACCUUGUCCUAUGCGAGUAAUAUAUUCCAGCAGUAUCUUGAUCUGAACUUCACCGAGGGGGAGGAAGUCACAUUCUUCAGUGAAGGAAGAGCUACCAUCCACCUUACAGGAUACCUGGUUAGAGAUGAGCCGAUGUCCAUGGACCCAGAUAUGAUGUCUAUGGAUGAAGCCUCUAGCUCUGAUGAAGCAGCCAGUAAUUCAGAAGAUGAAGAAGAAGCAGAAGAUGAUGACGACGAUGAUGUGGAUGAAGGAGGUGAAACCGAGAUGUCUUUACAGCAGCUUGCCAUGGGUGAUAUUGAAGAUGAAGAUGAUGAUGAUGAUGACAUUGAGGAAUGGAAGCCUAAAGAUGGUAAAAUAAAGCGCAAGAAACAGCAGAAGAUGACCAAUGCCAAGCGUCAACAUGUGGACAUGGUGGAAGAAUUUGAGCCUCGAAAAGCCAAGAAAGUUGCCGAGUUGGAGAUUAGUAAGAGUGAACCUGAUGGAUCCGAUGAUGAUGAGGGUGAUGAUGACUACAGUCCUGUAAGCGGCGCCGCUGAAGAUGCAGAGGAGGAUGUCGAAGAUGAAGAGGAAGAGGAAGAGGAUAGUGAUGAUUUCAUCGGAUGGGAUCUAGAGGAAGGAUCAGAUGAAGAUGAAGAUGAAGAUGAAGAUAGUGAUGAAGACGUCGAUGCUCUCUAUGACGAAGAGGAUAGCGACUAUGAUGAAGAUGUCAAGGACUUGGAGACAGCUUUGAAAUCUCUCCGCAGCAAAAGUGUCACAGAGACGCAACUCAAGACGAGGUCAACUGAAAAGAAGAAGCGAGUGUUAAGAGCGAGAGAGACCACGCCCCCAAAGAUUAAGACAUCACCACGAAAGUCUGCUAGUAAAACACCAGAUGCUGGCAACAAGGAAAACAUUGACCGUCCAAUCAAACAGCUGGGUUCCUCCCCUGCAAAGCAGUCUGCCAAAGAGAUAAAGACGCCAGCUGCCCUAAAAAAAACGCCCGCCGGUAAAACUCUUGGAACCCCAAAGGAAGGCACUAAAACCCAAGCUGGUAAAGUAACAUCCAAACCCGACACACCUGCUGUUGGAUCCCCAGGGGGUAACGCUGAAGCAAGGCAGUCACCACGAGGCAAAACUCCAGUCAGGAAACCAGAGCUUAAAACCCCCUCUGGAAAAACACCAGCCAGUGCGGCAGCAGUGGUGGACACCCCCGGUAAAACUCCAGCAGCUAAAGGUAAAGCUGGUUCCACACCAGGCAAGGUAGAGGGGAAAACGCCAAAAGGAAAGGGGAACGAGACGAAAACACCAAACACACAGAAAGGAAAAGGAGAUGCUGUGAAAACACCAGCCGCUAAGAGUGCGAAGAAAGAAAGCGGUGCAAAGAAGCAACUCGUAAAAACACCAUUAAAAGUCAAACUUCGAACUGGUACAACGCUGGAGGAUGUAGUCAUAGGUGAUGGGAAAUUGGCCAAGAGUGGCAAGAUGGUCUUUGUCUACUAUAAAGGUCUCUUAAACAAUGGAGAGGAAUUUGACUCCUGUUUGAAAGGCAAACCGUUCCUGUUUAGACUGGGAAACUCUGAAGUAAUCAAGGGAUGGGAUGAAGGCAUUGCUGGAAUGAAAGUUGGUGGCAAACGGAAGUUAACCAUUCCUCCUUCCCAAGGAUAUGGCAGUCGGAGAGCUGGCAGAAUUCCUCCAAGCAGUACCUUAACAUUCGACGUCCAGCUCGUGAAUGUCAAGUAGAGCCUGACAUCAAGAUGAACCACUUGGGCUAAGGAGGAGGAUGGGGCGGGUGAAACAAAUGGAAGACUCUGGUGGUAAACUUGGAGCAAGUUCAAGCUAGGGUCUAUGGUUGACUAUUGUCGACCAUUAGGCGGUUUUGCCUGCUACCCAGGAUGUGUUGCAUGCAUAGAUAACCAUUGGACAUUGACUAUAGUGGUUACAAAUGGAUGCUGCUCGAAUUUGCCCGAACUUGCCCUAGGUGGCAGCAGACUUACCAGGUAAAGCCAUCAUUCUUGGAAAUGUGAGCAUGCUCAGAAAGACGUUUAUCGGGGAUAAAGAACAUUAAUUUUUGUUUUUUUUACCCUUACACCUAUGUGUGUUAGCACUGUAUACUCAGUACUUUCCCGAGUCCUGUGAAAUUAGAGUUUACCUGUUAAGUCUGUUGCCACCUAGAGUUAAAAGGUCUCUGAUUGGGUAAAAGGUCUUCGAUUGGGUAUUCAACUUGCUUGAUCACUUUGUAGUCAGGCCAGUCAUGUUACUAGUUCACAAGUCUAGUAUUUUCAGUUCUGAUCGGCCAUUUGAAACCAUCGACAAAUCCAUUCCUAACACUUCCCGUAGCUUUUUACUCGCACUAUAGCUUUGCCCUUGGACCAAAGUGCACACAACCGUGAAUGAUGAAUGAAUCGGGUAUUGUGAAACAGUGAGCCCAACAGUUGAUCAGAGAGUUGAAGGUUUAAUUGUAAUUAAAAGCUUUGUGCCUGAUACUUAGACAAUGGUUUACAUGAAGCAGUUGGAAGCGGUGAUUUAGCCACUUAGCUGCACUUAGGGUCAAUUCCAGAAAGAGCUAAGAUUGAUCUUAAAGGAACGUUACUGAAUUGGUAAGAAACAAAAACCGUGAAGAUCACAGAUUUACA